GUAAUAUAACAAAAGUAUAUUUAAAGUUAAAAUUAUGUGAUGUGUUUUAUAACUAGAAGUAUAUUAUUUUAUGUAUGAUCAUGGAAGUAUCUAAUGAAAUAAAGGAAGAUAUUCGCAAAACACAAACUGACUUGAAAAAUGCAAUAAGAGUUCAUCAGAUUUGGGUUGCGCGACUUCAAGAAGACGAAAAUAAUGUACAUCUAAAAAUAAAAGUUAAGGAAGCAGAAAAAGAAAUUAUCGCUAUUGGAAGAAGUCAAAAAACCGUAGUUGAUAGAUUACGUAGAGAACUGAUACUUUAUCAGCAGCGACUUAAAGCAAGGAAUAAGCAAGUCAGUAUUGAAAAUGAGACUCGUUAUGUGGCUCAGCAAUUACGGGACCAUCAGUUACAAUAUCGCAGUAGAAACAGAUCCAUAUCAUUAUUGAAACCAUCCGUAUUAAAUGAAAUAUUGAUAAAAUCGGAAAGUAACGAGGGAACUAAUGCUUCUGAUUCAGAACAUGAAUUAAAGUCUUUUAAUGAUAAAGAAAACUCUAAUACAAGUGAAAAUGAUGGUAAUGGUAAAUACAAUAAGAAUAUAUCUCAGUUAUCAAAUACAGUUCAUGACAGCAGAAAUAAUUUUACAAAUGCUCUUAAGAAAGUCAAAGAAGCUUUAAUAGGCACUAAAGUUGAACAGCAACAAUGGUGUGAGCAGCGAUCAGAUUCCGACUCAUCACAGGAUCAUGAGCCAUCACCCACUCCAUCACCUCCGCCUUUGCCGGAAUCUGGUGAGCUGGUGCCACAAGAGAUCUUCAUGAGAUUAAUAGGCCUUAUCACACAUCAACAGAGAGAAUUAGUGGAAAAGAAAAGGAAUGAACGUCGAAAAAGAAGAACAACUACAACUGCAAAUAGUGACUUCAUUUAUGGAAACUUUGAUAUGCUGCCAAAACGAAAGAAAUUGAACCAAUUUCCGUAUCUGCAGUCACAUAGUGAUCCGCCGCAGACGCGUUCUGCAAAGUUAAAAAAACAACAGGGUCAAGUGAAGUCAUCACGUGAAGGAUCACCUUCAGGAUCGUCAACAGAAAACAAAGGUUGGAGUCAGAGCGCAGCCAAUUGGCUCUCACAGUUACCUGCGGGGCUCACUGUGGAGCCGGCGAUCAAGAAAGUAUGUCACAGUUGUGGCAGAAAUGAUGUGCCAUCUUUGCUGGUGUGUUGUGCUAUGUGUGGCACAUGGCAACACACGGGCUGUGCUGCUCGUGGUCGCUGUGCCAGUUGCCGGGCGCCGUUGCCCGACCCCGCCGCUUGCCCGCCCGCCUGCCCGCCUGCUUGCCCGCCCGCUUGCCCUCCGGUACAGAUAUUCAGAGAUAAAGUAGCGGAACAUAAACGCUUACAGCAACGGAACAUAGAAUUAUGUGAAGAACUAAGCAAGUUGGAAGCGCGUGCGGCGACUCUGAAGGAGAACCUGGACGAGCACAAUGAGGAGAAGCGGCAACUCCUCGCUGAUCAGAUCAACACGCAGAGGAACCUGCAGAAACUGCUGGACUUCAUCAGCCAGUUUAAAGAGACCUCCAUCAGCAUACGAUCCACUUCUGUCAGCGAAACUGGCAGCGAUCUCAGUAAGAGUAACGAGGAAUGA